CCAAAACAUGGAGGAAAAAAUAAUUGUAGCGGUAGGGAAUCACCCGGGUUUGUACGACCAGUCCCUGUUUACCUACCGGGAUACACACCGGAGGAGCCAGGCAUGGAGGGAGGUGGCAGAGACAGUGGGUCAUACUGAGGAAGUGUGCAGGACAAGGUGGAAGUCACUGAGGGACAGGUUCAGGAGGGAGAACACUAGGGAUAAAGAAGCCAAGAGAAGCGGGGCAGCGUCGUCAGGGGAAUAUAAGCCCUGGCGUUUCACGGCAGUGAUGGGUUUUUUAACCCCAUUUCUCACUGAACGUGAGACGUCCAGCAAUGUCCCCCGGCAAACCCUGCCUCCAUCCCCCUGUACUACUCCUGACCCUCAACUCCCCAGCCCGGUGCCAAAGGAAGAGAGCCAGCUAGGUGAAAGCCAGCUAGGUGAAAGUCAGCCAGCCAGCAAGCCGAGGCAGGGCAGACAGGACAGGAGGAGGAGAAUGUUGAGGACCGGGGAAGAAGGAGAAGGGAGAUGUCGUCCUUUGAGAACGGGUUGCUGUCAGCCAUCGGUCCUCUGUGCAUGCCACCACCUCAACUUCGAUGAGGACGAGUUAUUUUUCCGGAGCCUCUUGCCUUCAAUGAGAAGGCUGUCAAUAGCAAAGAGGGCAAGAGUGAGAUUUGCUAUUCACAAAGCUAUUUUUGAGGCAGAGCUGGAGGAGGAAGAAAACUGAUUUUUUGUUAUUCACACACAUACUGAUCCACACUACAUUUGUACACUCAUCACUGCACACACUUCACUCACAACAUUACAUAAAUAAAAGUUAUUUAAAGUAUGUUAUGGCUAUACUGUGUCUUCACUUGUUCAUGUGGUUUGU